AAAGAGAGAAGAUGCCGUAUGGGCAUAUUUGCACAUGCUCCUUGGCACCGCCGCCACCUCAUCAGGCUCGGAAACAUAAGAUCCCGAACUUUACCCAGAGCAGCCUUCGAUUCCCUCUUUCUCUCUCUAUCCUUCAACUCAGAGGCAUCCGAAUCCUCGUCUCUUUAGCCAUGGAGAACCGGACGGCUGGCGAUCAGGCGGCGGAGUGGUACUCCGUGUGGGCGCUGCCGCCGGAGGACGUGGGGGCGAGGCUGAAGCGCCUCAUGGCGGAUCUCCGGUCGGAGUUUGGGGGCCCCGAGUUCGAGCCCCACAUCACCGUCGUCGGCGCCAUCCGCCUUCGCUCGGACGACGCCGUCCGCCGUCUCCGCUCUGCCUGCGCCGCCCUCUCCCCUUACCACGUCCGCGUCGCCUCCGCCUCCCGCGGCACCUUCUUCUACCAGUGCGUCUACCUCCUCAUCGAUCCCUCCCCCGAGGUAACGCAAACGAGUGCCCACUGCCGCGACCACUUCGCUUACAAGAACUCGGCCCCUUACAUGCCGCAUCUGAGCCUCUUGUAUGGGGAUUUGACGGACGAGGAGAAGUUGAGGGCUCGGCAGAGGGUGGAGGAGCUCGAUAAGGAGAUAUGCGGGCUUAGCUUCCAGGUCUCGGCCCUGGCUCUCUACAAGACGGACACGGAGGACAAGAGCUUGAAGUCAUGGGAGAAGGUGGAGGUCUGCUACCUUGGGAGUGAUAACUAGAUUACCUAUUUUCCCUAUAAAGUUUCCAUCUUUAUUGAUUUGGUAUUGCUCUUUAGACUAUCUUCAGGCUUUUGGUUUGAUAUGUAAGCUGUACUUCUCCAUCCUGUGCUGCUUUGAAUAACCAUUUGGUUUGUUGUUCAUCAUCUUUCUAGUGUU